AUGGCGGUCGGCGGAGGGGGCCCGGCGGGGCCCGGAGAGGGGGCGGCGGCGGCGGCGGAGUCCGCGUGGUCCCGGGCCCGGCGGCCGAGGGGGCGUCCGAGGGGUCCGGCGGACCGGCGGUCGCAGGCCUAUGACGCCUCCCGACCCGCCGCCGCCGCCGCCGUUAUCUUUGUCGUCGUCUCCGGCGCGGGGCCCCUUGCCCCAUGGCCGAGCCCCGGGCCCCCCCCCGGGCCCCCCCCCCCGCUGCCCGACCGCCUGCGCCUCCCGCUCUGCUUCCUCGGCGUCUUCGUCUGCUACUUCUACUACGGCAUCCUGCAGGAGAAGAUCACGAGGGGCCACUACGGGGAGGGACCCGACGAGGAGAAGUUCACGUUCGCCUUAACCCUGGUCUUCAUCCAGUGCGUCAUCAACGCGGUGUUUGCCAAAAUCCUGAUCCGGUUUUUUGACACCGCCAGGGUGGACCGAACACGGAACUGGCUUUACGCCGCCUGUUCCGUCUCCUACCUGGGCGCCAUGGUCUCCAGCAACUCCGCGCUGCAGUUUGUCAAUUAUCCGACACAGGUCCUGGGCAAGUCCUGCAAGCCCAUCCCAGUGAUGCUUCUGGGGGUGACGCUGCUGAAGAAGAGCUACCCCAAGGCCAAGUACGUGUGCGUGCUGCUCAUCGUGGCGGGCGUGGCGCUCUUCCUCUACCGGCCCCGGACCGGAGGCGGUGGCGGCGGCGGCGGAGGCGGUGACCACGCGGUCGGCUACGGGGAGCUGCUGCUGCUGCUGUCCCUGACCCUGGACGGGCUGACGGGGGUCUCCCAGGAUCACAUGAGGGCACACUACCAGACCGGCUCCAACCAAAUGAUGCUCAACAUUAACUUGUGGUCCACGCUGCUCCUGGGAGGCGCCAUCCUGUGCACCGGGGAGCUGUGGGGCUUCCUGCGGUUUGCGGAGCGCUACCCCAGCGUCCUCUCCAGCAUCCUGCUCUUCGGCCUGACCAGCGCCCUGGGCCAGAGCUUCAUCUUCAUGACGGUCGUGUACUUUGGCCCGCUGACCUGCUCCAUCAUCACCACGACCCGGAAGUUCUUCACCAUCCUGGCGUCCGUGGUCCUGUUCGCCAACCCCAUCAGCUCCUUGCAGUGGGUGGGCACCGUGCUGGUGUUCUUGGGCCUCGGCCUGGACGCCAAGUUCGGCAAGAGCUCCAAGAAGGUCUCGCGCUGAUGGCGUCGGUGGCGGCAGAAGCUGGGGUCAGGGCUCAAGACCCCCAGCGUGUUGCCUCGGUCCCGGCCCGGCAGAGAAGCAGCGGCGCUGGACUGCGGGCGCCAAUUUGGUUUUUUCCCCACAAAGAAACGACUCUCUGGGAAAACGGCUGCCGGCCCGCGGGGGCUCCUGGGGUCAGGACCCGGGCACGGAGCCCCCCGCCCCAAACCUCACUCCCUACCCUCCCACUGGAAUAAAGCGAGGAGGAGAAAGCAGGCACCUCA